AUGAAUAAACUCCUGAUAGGCUUUCUACUAUUUCAAUUUAUCUCCGUUAUCGAUGCCUCCUACGAUUGUGGUCGCCCAUGGUGUGAAACAUGCCUCUCCACGCAGAUUCACGAUGCUCCCGGGAUCGGCUUUGACCUGACCCCAUCAUAUGGGACAGCCUCAGUACACUACUACAACGGAACCGUCGUUGAAGUAGGCCAUGUCCAGGGAAAUCCCGAAUACCUCGAGCUUAUGAAGCGACUUACACGCGACUCCAGGCUAUGGUUCGACAGAACCAAGAAAUCUUCCAUUCUUUCUCGGUUCUCUCUGUCUGAUACGACUGCAUGGGGCGCUUGGUGGCGUUGGCUUAACAAGAAACUCGGUUCCCCGAUCAAAGCGCACAACGAUGUUGAAAUCAUCAGCGAAUUACUCCAAGUACUCCAAAAUUCUACUGAGAAAGAAAUAUCUCAACCACUUGAUAGAGUUGCGGUUACAACUCCUGAUCUCAGCUCUAUCAGUUCAAUAGUCAACGCUGCACUAGGGGACUUAAAUCUGCGCACAUGGGUAGGCGACAGCGGCUUUUACCCCAGAAGCUUAGCGGAGGCCGAUGCUGUUUUUGCAGCAAAUGAAUAUGGACUGUGCAUAAACUAUCAGGAUCUUUGGGAGUGCGAACAAGAGUUUGGAAAGCCGCCCUUUCCCCAAGUUUUCACCAUCUUCUACAGUCGGCAUCUUCUAUACACCAGCAUCAUGGCCCCAAUGGGGGGGCAGGCUUUAUCUCGAUAUAAUUUUGAUGACGCACAGCUUCUGGAUUUUAAUCUCGGGCUAGAUAAUCUUCUCCAGACAAACAGGUCUCAGGAAUCAUUAUGGCCCCACCUCCGUUCGCAAUUAUUGGUCCUUCCUCGAAAUUACUCGCGUUCUAUUACGCAUAAUUUUCUAGCCGGGGAGAGUGUUACCCACCCGCGCUUUCUAGCUACUUUGCGAGAUGCCAUGGCUGAAAUAAUGCCUACAUGGCCUGGGAAUCUUCAAACGAAUAUCCCCGAUCAUGCAGGUCCUGCUGUCGUCUCCAAAAUCGUUGAUCCAACAUUCGCCGCCUCUCGAGGUGCAGCACUAUAUGCCCGAAGGAGACAAGAGGUGCAGGCUGACUGUACUGAACGCUCUACAUGUGAAGCGACAAGGAAUGAAGAGCGAGUUCCUCUUUCAAAGAAAGAGGAUCUACGUUAA